AUGGAUGAGGUACUGCAGAAGAAAUGGGAAGGUCUCUCUCUAACAGAACAAGAGUAUGACACCAUGAGAGUGGGGAGUGAAGUGCUGGAGCCACUAAAAGCAAAAGGUAAAAGAUGUUUACUCAUAAUGAUCAAUGCAGACAGAGUGGUAAACCGUCAGGCUUUCAGGACUACCAUGUCCAAGGUUUGGAGAUCUGAGGGGUGGUUUCAGUUCAAAGACGUGGGAGAAAAUAGGAUGCUUGUAGAAUUCCAGCACGAACGGGAUAAAGACAAGGUUCUACAGGGGAGGCCAUGGUCCUUCGACAGAAACCUCAUUUGCAUACAAGAGCUUGACGGGCAAGUCCCAUUAAAAGAGAUAACUUUCAAUAGAGAGCUCUUCUGGGUACAGGCCCACGACUUGCCUCUGGCAUGCAUGACUAGAGAGAUUGGAAUGAAGCCGUUUUCUGGGAUGGAGAAAGUAGAAGAGGUUGAAACCGAUGAAGCAGGAUGCGGAUGGGGAAGCACAUUAAGAGCCAGAGUAGAGGUUGACAUAUCAAAGCCUUUAAUUCGAGGGAGGUUUAUAGAGUUGGAAGGGAUGCAGCUGUGGCUCCCUUUCAAAUAUGAAAGGCUACCAGCUUUUUGUUUUGAAUGUGGAACCAUCAAACAUUCCAGGCUUUGCCCUGGGGCUAGUCGGAUGGUUAACAAGGACGCAGGCCACCAAUAUGGCCCUUGGCUUAGGGCUGUCCCCCCUAGAGCAGGGGCUGCUGAUACACAGCGGUAUGGUGGCAACAUGGUUCAACCUCCUCACCAUGGAAACCAGGAAGGAAGCUUGGGGAGGUCUCCAAACACUCACGAUCAAGGAGGUAGGCCUGUUGACCAUAAAAAGGCUAUGACAGGGACAGCACAAAAAGAUGUGGAAGACCAAAGUAUAAAGGUGGAAAAUCCUACUGUUAAGGAAACGAAGGCCCCCCACGUGCCUCAAGAUCUUCCUGACGGGGUUGAUGGGAUUUUGCCAUUCCAGGAAGAGCAACCCGUAGAGAAUGGGGCCCAGAUCAAAGAGCUGGCAGAAGCCAGAAAUAGAGCCACUUGGAAGAGGAGGGCUCGGGAUAAGUCUUACUCCACGGCUGAACUAGUCCCCUCAACUAAUACAUAUCAGCAUGGAGUAAAAAGAAGCUUGCAAACGAGCUGGGAAUCUGAGACCAGUGAGAUUAACAAUAAGAAACAAAGGACAAGUGUGACCAACAAGGAACAGGAUGAUGAUCAAUUGGUGGUGGCUGCUAGACAGCACCACCAACACCAAUGA